AUGGUAAUUCCCAGGAAAUAUUUGGAACUUCCGGAGCAUCAAAGAUCAGAUGCUAUGAAUAGCAUGGUUUACGAAGCUGCUGCAAGAAUCACGGAUCCAGUUUACGGUUGCGCUGGUACAGUGACCCUACUUCAGCAGCAAAUCCUGGGGCUUCAAGAAGAGUUGGCGAAAGCGCAGGGCGAGAUCCUUAAUAUGCAAUGCCAGAUUGCCAAUUUAGUCUCGUUAAAUUGGAUGGAAAUGUUUCCGUCGCAAGAGCAAGAAACCAUUAAUGUCUCGGGGCUGCAGCAAGAUAUUAUCCAUAUGUCGGAAAAACAGCCAUGGGAUGACAGUGACACAACUAAUUUUUCUUUAGAACAAUUUUGUACACAUGAGAAAGCUAUGGGCAUAUGA